GAGUUGGAGGGAGGAGGAGGCAGGGGGGGAGAGAGAGACAGCCAGAGAGGAAGAGAAAAGAAAGGAAGAAACACUAGAGAAGAAAGGGAGGAAAGGGGAUAAAGGGGACAACCCCACCACCUCGAAAGAGCCAGGCAAGGGGCUGGGUGCAGAGAGAAUCUCCCAGGAGGUUUCUACCACGUCUGCCUUGAAGAGUUUUUUCCUCCUCCUAGUCUACCCUGGUUUGGUUUAUGGAGAAAAAGAAAAUGGUAACUCAGGGUAACCAGGAGCCAACAGCCACUCCUGAUGCAAUGGUGCAGCCGUUCACCACAAUCCCAUUCCCACCACCCCCACAGAAUGGGAUCCCCACAGAGUAUGGGGUGCCACACACUCAGGACUAUGCAGGCCAGACCAGCGAGCACAAUCUGACACUGUACGGAAGUACGCAGGCACAUGGAGAGCAGAGCACGAACACGGCCAGCACGCAAAAUGGAUCUCUUACGCAGACAGAGGGAGGGGCACAGACAGAUGGACAGCAGUCACAGACACAGAGCAGUGAGAAUACCGAGAGCAAGUCCACUCCAAAACGACUUCAUGUGUCUAACAUUCCCUUCCGCUUCCGAGAUCCUGACCUUCGACAAAUGUUUGGGCAAUUCGGCAAAAUCCUCGAUGUUGAGAUAAUCUUUAAUGAGCGUGGCUCCAAGGGAUUCGGGUUCGUAACUUUCGAGAAUAGUGCUGAUGCAGACAGGGCCAGGGAGAAAUUACACGGCACCGUGGUAGAGGGCCGUAAAAUCGAGGUGAACAAUGCCACAGCACGAGUAAUGACCAAUAAGAAGAUGGUCACGCCAUAUGCAAAUGGUUGGAAGUUGAGCCCUGUGGUUGGAGCAGUGUACGGCCCUGAGUUAUAUGCAGCGUCCAGCUUUCAAGCAGAUGUCUCGCUGGGCAAUGACGCCGCAGUGCCCCUGUCAGGAAGGGGGGGUAUUAACACUUACAUUCCUUUAAUCAUUCCAGGCUUUCCCUAUCCAACUGCAGCCACCACAGCAGCCGCAUUUCGAGGAGCCCAUCUAAGGGGCCGAGGACGGACAGUAUAUGGUGCAGUCAGGGCAGUACCCCCCACAGCCAUCCCUGCCUACCCAGGAAUAGUCUUACAGGAACCAAUCAUUAGCGCUAAAAUACCUCAGGGUGGAUAUGCAGCCUACAGAUAUGCACAGCCUGCUACUGCAACAGCAGCCACAGCCGCUGCAGCCGCUGCAGCAGCUUACAGCGAUGGUUAUGGCAGGGUGUACACAGCAGACCCUUACCACGCCCUUGCCCCUGCCGCUAGCUACGGAGUUGGCGCUGUGGCGAGUUUAUACCGAGGCGGCUAUAGCCGAUUCGCCCCCUACUGAAGUGACGUGAACCCCCUGCAAGUGGGACAGCCCCCCAGCUCAUGAGGCCUGGCUAUUGCAAUAUUUACUAGUAGAGGAACUCUAUAGCAAGAUGAGGAGGAAAAACAGAAAAAAAAAACAAAAGAGAAAAUACUUUUUUAUACCUCACUAUGUUCUUUGAAUAUGUAUUUUUCCUUUAAAUUUCUGCCUUUAAUUCUUUUGUUCCAAAGAUUGUGCGUUAUUUUUUUUUCUUUUUUUUUGUUUUUUUUUUUCCUUUAGGUUUUUGGGGUAUUUUGUUUUUUUGUUUUUUUGUUUGUUUUUUUUUUAACUGUGGUAAAAAUAAUGCAUUUCUGUGUCUGUAUGUUGGUGCGUAGCUUAUCCUACCAAUCGCGGAAGAGGCGAUUAGUGAUGAGGAAAGCUGUUAGGAACCAGUAUCAUGCAAUUAAUCAGGAAUGUGCAGACAGUUACUUUACCUGGGUCUGGUUCUUGGUGCCUGAGAAACAGGAAGGGGAAGACUUGACCUGUCUUUGGAAGGAAGCGCUGCUUCUCUGGCUGGGACCCCAUAUGAUGGUGGGAAGUAGCCAUUUAUAUGUGGAAAGAGGGGAAAUGCAGAGAUUUCCCUCAUUUUAUCACCGUCUGACAUGUGCAGGCUUGGGACAGUUUUGGCAGUGUCAGAAUUUUAGAGUUGGCAAGAGAAAAUUCCUUCAACCUGCCCAAUGACUUUGGUUAUUGACUGCUGUAGAGGGGACAAGACUUUGAAAUGAAUUAUUGAGGAAAUCUCCCCCACCCACCCCACACACACAGCUAAUCCUACUUGAUUUGUUGCCUGUUACUGGGCUGUAAUUGUUGUAGUUUUUUCCCUGUUCCUUUCCAAGGUCUGUCUUACUGCCUCUCCUUGCCUUCUUCCCUGGAGGGAGUGGCAAGUGCACUGCAGAUAUUGGGCAGGAGCAGCACAGUGUUUCUUUCUCAGAUGUCAAGAAUCAUUUAAUAUUAUGGAGGUGAUGUGUGUGCAGUCCUGAGGAGGGCAAAAGCUUGCUGAAGAAACCUGUCUCAAUGCCAUGCUGAACUGCUCUGAGGUCCAGCAUUCAAGGUCCCUCUUCUUGUUCACCUUGAGCCAGCUAGGCACUGCUGCAACUAAACUGUUUUGAAUAGUGUGAGUGAGUUAAAAUGAGUUAUGGAUCAGCUGCAGAGGCACAGAGGGUGUGUUUGGGUGACGGAAGAGGGUCCGUCUUGUCAGAACACUAUCCCUGAAAGUCGUAUUGUGUGGCUUAGGUGUCUGAGGGCAGGUAGAAGCAAUUAUUUCUAGCUCUGAAGUCAUAGGAAAUUCCCACUUCCUAGGUCUAUUUGAGGUCCUCGCAUAUCCAGCCUAUAGUCCCUGGGGCCAUUCUGUGCAGUCGCUCAGUAUUCUUCAAAGAAAAAUGUGCACCUGAACUGCUUGAUCCUGUAAUUUACACUACAGAUUGUAAAACUCUAAAGCAGAGAGGCUGUUUAGAAGGGCUCUGUGACUCCCAGGCCACCUCUCCUCUGCUCUCGGGAGUAGAGCAAUUCUACUAUUUUUGAAAAGCAUAUAUUGUGCAGGUUGCUGCAAGAGCAGCAUUGUGGCAAUGAGUCAUUGCUCUCAGAAUCUGACCCUGAUUUUAGAAACCAAAGGGGAGUAGUCUCCCCUUCAGCCAUUAGCUAGUGUGAUGUUCCAAGCAGCCGUUGCAAUCAAAUGCAGGUUCUCUCAAAGCUUUAUCUAAUCCAAGAUAUUAGAGAAACAGAGAGAAAAGCACAAGUCCAUUAGGCUCCCCUGUCUGUUUGAAUUGGUACUGGGGUGACCUUCACCCCCCCCACCCCCCCACGCUCUCCCCAAAAGGCAGCUUGGAGCAUGGAUUUGUAGCUGCAGCCUUCUCAGCUCCUGCCACCGCACACUUGCUGCUGCUUCAAUGGCUGAUAGCAGAAUAGGAAGCCAACUGCAUUAACCGUAAGCUUUCUCAGCAAGCAGGGCUGCCUGGAAGCUGCACUGGCCCAGCCACGCACAACACACAACUUUGUUCUUUCCCGUCCUUGUUUUACUCACACACACACACACACACACACACACACACACACACACACACACACACACACACACACACACACACACACACCCUUCCCUGUGCCUGGCAGAGGGAAGGUGCCUGAGAUAAGAAGGAUGGGAAAGCAAUCAGUUAAGCUAGAGACCCUACAGCUAUUGAAUCCAAGGAGGAAUAGCUAGAACAAGGGGACACCAAACUGCCAGCCUAUUGGCCACUUAUUUUUUUUUUCAGUUUUAUUUUUUUCCAAGCCAAAGUUUGGUUUGUUGCUGUUGUGACAAUUUUUGUUGUUUGUAUAUAAAUAUUUUAGUUAGAUUGAAAAUUGGAGGGGAACAGGAUGUUGGGGCUUUCACAAAAUCAAGGACAUGAGGAUGGUGGGGUUUUUUGGCUUUUGAUGGUUGAGUGGGAAAAGAAAAACCAUGUCUAGUAGAACUUCUAGUGUUAUGUUUGAGGCAAGCUAAUCGCCAUCCCAAGGCAGAGGGGUUGCUCCUCUCUGGAGCCGAGAUGCAGCAAAAGCCGCAACUUGAGUUGGUUUGAACCACGUUUGGAUGGGGGCGGGAAAUGAAAGAAAGGACAUCUCUCCCAUUAUUCUCAUGGAGGAGAAGUUACUAAUGUUUGGAGGUUGCAGGGUGGGAGAGGGUGAGGAAAGACAGCAUGCAUAACUGAAUCGACAACCACUUGAGCCUCUGCACCUUUCAUAUGUAAGUUCAGCUGGUUCUGACUGCAGUUUCUGAAAGGUCAAACUGCUUUCUCAAGUGUCCUCCUGCAUCAUGGCAGUGGAGCGUGGAGUUAGUUGCACCCUCACCCCCCUACCUGCAGGGGAGGUUAGGUGUUGUUUCUGCUUUGUGUAGAAUCUGCCCUUGGCAGCUUUAGCCCACCUUGUGCUGAGAAUCUGUGUUCUGGUGUUUCAUGGAGGCUGGGUCCCCUAAUGUAAAAGUACCUAGUAUUGCCAGGGUCAGAGACCCAUCAAUACUGGGUUCCUAAUACAUCAGCGCAUGGGUCCCCCUGAUCCAUUAAUCCUUGUCAUGCCCCUUAAAUGCUUUAGCAAACUGACAAGUUUGAGUCCAGGAAUUGCAGCUGGAGAUGCCUCACUGUUUUAGCACCUGGUUGUUCCCAAUUCCUGUCCUCCCUGAUGACACAGUGGUGGACAAGCCGAGCCUUUUGUACUGCUGGUUACAGGAGGGGGCUGGCUAAUUUUAGACAUGUACUAUCAUUCAUAUAGUCCCAGGAAUUUCCAAAGUGCAAGAUCUCCUAGAAAAUUGUGGCCACAGCUGGAUUUUGGUGGCAGGAGUUCUCCUGUGAAUCCUCUUUUGUGGCAAGUGGGAUCCCCUCAUCUUCCUGCCAUCUCGACAAAUACAGUGACUCCGAUUCCUUUGGUGUUUGAUGAAGUGCCUCAUGAUAUAAACAGUGACUUUCAUUCAGGUUAGCCAAGCCUUGCUAUGUCCAUCUUUGAAAAGGUGAGGGAAGCCUCACAUGCAUCUGUGCAAAAUAUAAUUAUAGUAAAUUUUUUAAUAGGGAGCUAAAAAGUAGGGACCUAGCAGAGGCUGCCCCUUUUUUGACUGAGGAGAAAAUCAUUAGCAGAGCUGUGAUGGUCAACAUUCAAGGAUUUAUCUCAAACAGGACUUAGCUCUUGUAAGCCUGGUCUGCACAUGGUUUUAUACCAAUAAGACUCUUUCGGUUAGGGCCCUGAUCUCUUCUUAAUGCUGUAGUUAUAAUGGUGCACCUCUAGCAUGCAUGUGGUAACAUACUGAAAAGGUGAUUUAUGCUGGUUAUUCCCUUUCAUGUAUGGGAACGAACUUCAAAGGGGUAAAGCAUCUUUUAUGCUGGUAAAAUUGUGUAUACACUAGGGGCACUUAGCAGAAUGGAAGCAGCAUAGCUCUGGCUUGUACACAAGCCCUUAGAGUUUUGCUGUGCUCUUGAGGUGGUCUAGGACUAGUCCCCAGCCUCCUGUAACCAGUUAGUUGUUCCCAGGUUGAACAGCUGUUGUGUUGCCAUGUGCAAAUGAGAGUUGAGUUCAACUGUCUUGAGCCAAAUCCCAGUUUUAAAUGAUUCUCACUUCAAAGCGCUGAUGACAUGCAGGCAGUAGAGUGGUCCAAGAGGAUGGGCCACAGGCCUGGAGUUGGGAGACCUAGGUUCUAUUCUUGGCUCCGUCAGUGUGACCUUGGACAAAUGGGUUCACUCCGUCCGUGCUCCAGGUUCCUCAUCCACAGAGUGGAGAUAAAGAUGCUCAGUCCUUUGGUGUCCAGUACUUUGAGAUCUUUGGAUAAAAAAUGGUAUGGGAGAGCUAGGUAACAGUGAUGUUAAUGUUUUCUCAGAUCUGUGCAGCUAGGGCUGUACCAGGCUGUAAAAUGGUUUAUAAAACCAUUUCCUAGCCUGGCACACCUUUCUAGGAAGAAUCAUUUUUAAGGGAGUCCCUGGCUAUUGUGGUUUGAACACAAGAAGGUAGGGACCUUAAGGGUAGAGAAUAUAAAACAAGGCUUUGCAAAUCCUCAUGCAUCUCCCCUCUUCUCUAACUCCUCCACACUCCAAACCCCUGUACCAUAGGAAAGAGACAAAGUAGAGAACAGGCAUAGGGAACACUUAGGAAUUCAAGAAGGGAAAAACAUACUGACUCUGGGGAGCUCUACUUUUGCUGAGUCCAGCUCCAAAGGGAAAGCACACAGGCCAGCUGGAAAUUAGCUUGCUCCUUGUGAUCUAGUCUGGAAGCCUCCGAGGAAUUUGUACCUUGGCGCAGAGGGGGCAUGUUUUACAGAUCGUGUUACCUGUUUGCACUGUUUUAAAAUAGGAGGAGAAAAACAAAAAGCUUGUGAACAAGGUAAACAUCCAAUGUAAACUUCUAUGUGUUUUUAUUUUGUCAUGCUCUUGAAAAUGUCAAACAUUUUGUAGUAUACACCAGUGACACUUGAUUCUUUGUUGCAUAAAACACUAUUUUUUGGUGAUGUUACUGUCUGAAAAGCCCCUCUCUCCCCCCCUCCUGAUUCCUUCCCUACCCCUCGCUAAACUUUUCUUCUGCAAUGAAAUUUCCAGUCAACAAGGCAAGCAGGAAUCUGAUAGCCAGAGUGUGAAAUGGGGCCCUUUUCAAGUAGGCUCCAGGAGUCCUCCCUGGUAAUAUUUCCUCUAGCCUGGAGUAUGCAAUAGAGGACCCCUUUUCCUCCCCAACACAUGCAGAGGGUACAAAGCCAACCAAACCAAGGCAUUCAAUUCCUGAAUUGAUUGUCACUGCCAACAGUGGAAGGGGACUUUCAGAUAGUGUAAUCAUCUGCAGUAACUGUCCUACUCCAGUUACUGGCUGCAGCUGGUGGUAGCUUAGGUGGGAAAAUGACAGACAAGGGUCAGCCCCAGUACUGCCAGAUCAACUGCAAGUCAACUGGUUGCAGAGUAAAAGCACAUCAGUCAAGAUGGCUGAUGUAUAAAGCCAUCCACAUGAGCGUUCAUUUAGCUGGCAGUCAGCAAAAUGCCAGUGAUCUAAGGAUUGAUGUUCAGACUGGUCAAUAAGUCUCUCACCAGAUUCACAAUUUCAUUUCAAGUGGGGGUUUUGUUUGCAUCCCUGAGGAGCGGCCUCCUUAAAGAAAUCUGGCCUCCCGCAGAAAUAGUCUCCACUUUGGUCACUUCCUUCUAUUUUUCUGUUCACAGUAUUUUGUGUGUGUGCGCGCGCGCGUUGUAGUUUUGGCAGCUUGGUUUGGCUGCCUUAUCAAGUGACGAAAUAAUCCUCUUUUACCCUAGGGGAUACGAUUAAUUUUUUUUUCUUUUUAUAUUAUAAAUUCUGCUUGUAAAUAGCUGUAGCAAAUACCUGGGGCUGAUAGCAAAUGAGAACCAGGGCUGUAGAGUGCUUUGGAGCUGGUGGAGAGUUUACUGACCUCACAGGCUGAUUUACCUGAGACUUGGAGCUUCUCAGUGCAAGGCUAACAUGCCACAGAACCUCCAAUGGCAAUGACUGGCUUGCCCCUUCAUGCGGUCUCCCCAGCACCUCGCAUUGCCAGGUACCCUCGGGGCACAGGGUGCAUCAAAUUUUUGGAUGCUUUCCCCUCCCCUGGAUCAUUUCCUAGGACGCCCAAGCCGCUUGCCCAGGGUCCCAUUUCCCUGCUGACUCUGGAGAAGCAGUAUCUGCAUCCCAGGGCUUUGUGACAGUCUCUAACUUCCCGCGCCCCCUUGUUAAGUAUCAUAUUGUAUAGUAGCUUUCAGACCAUACAGUAUUCAUUGGGUUACUCCUAUUAUUAUCAAGUAGCUGGAAUUGUGAAGGUCGGAGUAGUUAGAUCUUUAGCUUUUAUUCCUUUUUUUUUUUGUAUUACUAUCCAUGUGUAUAAAUUAUUGAUCAUGUUGCUGGCUUUUAUAAACUCUAAGCAAGGGAGGAGCCCUUCCUAACCCUUUGCAAAUGGUAAUGAAGCACUGUUUUUAAAUAAAAGAGAGAAACACCAGCCUGA